AUGAGCGGCCUCAGACGACUCGUAGUCACUGGCGCCACCGGCAAACAGGGCGGCGGCCUCAUAAACGCUCUCCUCGACCUCUCGCCACAGCCCUUCGAGAUCUACGCUGUCACUCGCAACACAACAUCAGGAGGCUCCAAAGCACUCGCCAGUAAAGGGGUCAAACUCAUCCAGGGUGAUUUCGAAAACGCCGAGCAGAUCUUCAAGCAGGUAGAGAAGCCAUGGGGAUUGUUCUCUGUCACGAUGCCGUUGGGAGGUGCCAAAAAAGAAGAGGUCCAGGGCAAGGCCAUGACGAAAGCCGCUCUGGACGCAGGUAUCCAGCAUAUCAUCUUCACCGCCACAGACCGUGGUGCACAGAGUGACACCGACCCGACGCCCAUACCGCAUUUCGCCAGCAAGUUCAACAUCGAAAAGGAUAUCGAGCAGAAAGCCAAAGCAAGCUCGCAGGGCGCGACAUGGACGUUCCUGCGACCGGUGGCCUUUUACGAGAAUCUGAUCCCUGGUUUCAUUGGGAAGGGCUUCGUCAGCAUGUGGCGUCUGAAUGGACUCGACAACAAAGUCCAGCAUGUCAGUACCAAAGACAUCGGUAAAGUCGCAGCGGAUGCUUUCGUCAACGCAUCAUCGCCCGAGUACAAGAACAAGGCCGUCCAUCUGGCAGGCGACGAGCUUUCACCUAGACAGAUGGCCACGAUCUUCAAAGAAGUCACGGGCGAGGAGAUUCCAGCGACUUACUCUUGGCUGGCUACUGUGCUUCGGUGGAUGCUCAACGAGCAGCUGGGAAUCAUGAUGAAGUGGUGGACCACCGCUGGGUUCAAGACGGAUGUGGAGGCGACCAGAAAACGGUACCCAUUCAUGCAGGAUUUCCGGUCAUGGUUGGAGACCGAUAGUGCAUGGGCGAAGAAGGGUAAAGCUUAG